UAUUUCCCUACAUAUUAAUUUAGUUAUUGAUAUUGUCAGUCCGUUCCAGCAUUCGCAUUUCCAGAUACAUCUGUUUGCUGCUAGCUGCUGUAUGGAGUAUUACUGCAAUGGAUCGAUGUCAAAUAAAUACAGUUACAAAAAGAUAUAUAUUAACGAAUUAGUUUACUUAUUAGAUACUGUGAAAUGUUUCAGUGGCAUGUUGCUUACCGUCUCCGGUAUGAUUCAUGAACAUUGUCGUACUUUCUGCAGCAUUUUUCUAUUGUAAUCACUAAAAAUAAUAUAAAACAUCCUUUAGUGUGACACGGUGUUGAAAUUCAGGUGUACAAGAAAAAAGUUAAAUGUAAAUGAAAGCGUGUAAACUAACGUAAAAAUAAGAAUGAGGAACUGUAUUCCCCCAUGCGUUUCUGCUUAGUCUCGGUCAGCAGUUAUAAGAAAUGCACCAGAAAUUGGAUGUUUUACAAAUAUUUCAGCUUGUGAAAACUUCUGAACAGUCAUGUCAUGGAAGCUAAAGGAGUAAGUGCCACAAUUAAACCACAAGAGGCAAGCUAUUAUACUCAGAUGAAUUGUUUUGAUCCCUCUUAGUUCAUAUCUAUCUAUGAAAAACUUUUUUUAAAAGCUGCAGAAAGCCACAGAGUUCUCACAUGAUGAGAAUGAAUAUCAUCCCAGAGAAAUGAAUAAAUAUCAUUUACCUUGAUUUCUGAUUAACACAUUACAUAGAUACAUAGAUAGUUCAAUUUCUGUUGGUAUUAAAUUGAGCAUUUUUUGCUUAUGGAAUAAUGUUGACUGCAACGUUUCGUUAAGACUAACCUUUGCUACAGCUGCAAACCUUAUGGUGAAAACAGGAGAGUAAGUCACAUUUUUUUCUUUUCUGUUGCUGUAUUUGAAUCAUUGGUGCAGUCUUGCUCUCUUAAAACUGCCUUUUAAUUUGGUGAUGAAACAUAGAUAGUGGACUUAAAGCUUGUUCAUUUUUUAAGUUAUGAAAGGACGUAUGCAUAAAAGAUUGAAAACACAAAUGAGCUUUUUGAAUUCCUGAGUGCAUCACUUUCUCUUGGCCUUAAGUUACCUGUGCAUGACAGAAAGCGUGGCAUUGUUUUGCUCUUAAGUCACUUUGUGUCUUUGCAGGUUGCAGAAUAUGGUUGUGAACCUCUGUCAGCCACACUUUUCAACAACGGCUCAUUGCAACAAGCUCUGUGCAGAUGGCUAUGAUGUUACAAACAUUGUGUCAGCAGACCCUUCACUACGGAAACAAGGCUUCAAGUUGGAAUACUUCUUACGUCCACCCUUGCAUGUGACAUUGAAGUUUGGCUUCCCGGUGGAGCUCUGCCGGGUGGAUGUGGAGCUGUGGCCCUGGGGAAUGGACCGGGGCCAAGCCCGCAAAAGACUGGAGAUCAGCACAAGUUCAGAUACCAGUGCCCUGUCAAGUCCUGGGCAGAUUCAUCGGCAGGAGCAGAGUAAAAACCAGGCAAAGGACCAGAUCAUAAAGAACAGGCAGAAGCAUCAUCCUGUUUCUAGUCGGUCUCGGCAGAGUAAUGGCAAUCAGUGGAGUAUUCAGGCCCAACAGUGGGAGGAAGAAGCUCAAGACGGGCCUCCACAGACAGACUUCCAAUCUCAGUCGAGCUCUGAAUCAGAGUUCAAGCAGGUCGCUCGUUGUGAACUCACAGAAGAAACCCAAGUUUCAUUCAGUCAUUCAAACUUUCGUCCCCGAGCUCCGUUCCUCUCUGCUCCUCCUCCGCCGCCGGCAAGCAGUCGGCAGGUGAAGCUGUGGAGCCGGGGGCUGCACUCACUGAGCGCCGUGACGCAGCUUCGUGUCACCGUACCAUGCGGCGGUGCUGCGUCUUCUCUGGGGCUGAAGGCCUUGGCUGUGUGGGGGCAACCCGCUCGCUGCUGCCCCGCUGAGGAAGUGGAGAGGAUUCAAAGAAUCCAGGAGGCAAAUGAAAGGCGGGUGGAGCACCCUGUUUUUUUUUCUCCUCCUGUCAGCCAAACGACACACACCCACCAGAACAGCCUGAGGUUUUCCAUCCCAGAAGAAUUCCUGGAUCCUCUAACGCAGGAAGUAAUGGCGCUCCCUAUGCUGCUUCCCAGUGGAAUGUCAGUGGACGCCUCCACUCUGGAGGAGUACCAGAAGAGGGAAGCCGCUUGGGGUCGACCGCCAAACGACCCCUUCACCGGCGUCCCCUUCACCGCCACCUGCCAAGCCCUCCCCAACCCCCAGCUCAAAAGCCGCAUUGACCACUUCCUGUUGCAGACAGGGAUGGUGAGGAGGGACGGGACCCUGGGAGGACAAGAUCAGGGACAGAACCCACAAGCAUCAAGACUCAUAACCUCCUCGGUUCUGGGUCGUUCUCAGACUUCUCCAAGUUUUACUAAGACCUCAAUAAACAGUAACUCUACCCAUUCCACUGAUGAAAACACAGAUACAAGCCAAACCUCUGCUCACACGGCAGUGGAUAAUGAAUCAGGACCGUCAUCAAAUAACAGGACUGAUGUAUCUAAUAUCAAGCCACUCUCUACAGAUAGUAAAUCAGAGAUGAACAGAAGAAAAAAACGAGAUCCAAGUGAGAUUUCAGUAGAAGCUGCAACACCUGGAAAACAACUGCCUUCUGAAAGCAAAAAAAUAAGAAAUAAUUCAGGUUUAGAGCUUAGCUCCAGUUCCCACGAGCAGCUGCUCUCAGCCAGCCUGGACGAGGCCCUGCUCUCUGCCCUGCAGGGACGACCCUCCUUUACUUCAAACUUGCUCCACCAAGCAGAAAGUACAUCCCAGUCGACAUUGUGCCAAAGUUCAGGCUUUGCGAGCUCAUCCACAGAUGGGAAGGUGUGCUCUGACUGUUCCCGUUCAGUCUCAGUUUACUCAUCAUCAUCAUCAUCAUCAUCAUCAUCGAUCUACCGGCUGGGAUGCGGCCACUUGCUGUGUCGUGCCUGUGUGCAAAAAGACUCAAAAUCACCAAACUCGACCAAUAAAUCCGGCUGUGUUUCCUGUCCAACCUGCCUGAGUCGUACUCCACGCAAUAACAUUUUACGUGUACAUUACUGACGGCAAAAGAUUAAUUAGCAUCAAUUAUUUUUUUUUUCUAAUAUAAUAAAUGAAUAAAUAUAUUUGUUGUUGUGAUUUAA